AUGCAGCUCUCUACCAUUCUCGGCGCCUCUUUCGUCGCCACGGCUUCAGCUGCCCUCCCUCCCAUCAACUUGGGUUACCUCAGCUACCCCCACGGGAAUCUCUUCGUCGCGUGGUCCCCCUUCACUCCCACAACGACGCAAGAGGUCACUGAGGUCUGCGACACCCGCGGCGCCGUAAAGGGCACCGCGACCUGGACCACGAUCCGCGCUUAUAACACAUACGUCUUCAAGCCCAUCUGCCGCAACCCUUUCAACGUCACUGACGCUGUAACAAACACCACAUACUACAACUUGGAGCUGGCAUGUGUGGACGACAACAUUCCCUUGUACGCCAACCCCGAGGUCACCGCCGUCGUCGACACGAAGACGAACAAGACGGUGGAGACUUGCGUUCCCGUGUCGCUGAAUGGCCAGUCUACAUACGGAGGUUGCAGCGAUCACUUCAGUGGUGUUUCGUACUCAUUUGCCUGCUCCGCCUAA